CGCAUUCCCCACCAAAACUGAUCUCGAUGGCACGUCUCUGCAGAGAGCCCGGCAAGUGUUUCUGCGGAGCUCAGGGGAUGGCAUGCGGGCCGUGCAGAGGGUUGAUCCGCACCGUUGCGACGAAGGAGGUGCUGCUGAACGGGGCGGCGUGGCUGGAAGAGCACCCGCAGGAGAUAUACCAGUUCGGGGGGGUCCGGUGGGACCUCAUACAGGCGCAGGGGCCGCGGGCGUGGUGGAUGGAGCACAUACUUCUGGAGAGGGAGGACUUCGAACGCUUCUACUGGACUGACGAAAUCGAUAUCAGUCCGACGUGAGACGGCUGGCGGGCUUCCUCAUCUGAAAUGGCAUGGUUGUCCUGUGUGUGUGCAUGCAGAUUCGGCACGGAGCUCUCUUACCGCCGCGUGAACCCCUUCAAAGCCCACGCCAACCGAGACAAGCAGACUUCAAGGCCGUCCUACGUCCCUGCCACGUCAGUCAACUCAUCUCCCCCCGCCCCAGCCCCCGCCCCUCCCCCUCCCCCCUCUUCCCCGCCUCCGCCCGGCAGCCAUCUCAAGAAAAACACCAAGAGCUUCAGAGCAUCGCUCCGGUUUCGCUAUCCGCCAAAGCCGAGAUGUUGCCAAUCGAAUCUGCCACUGCCCCCUCAGGUAGGUGAUUGAUGGGAUGGAUGCAGAAUCCUGAAUGGAUGGAUGAGAGUGGUGGAGUCUUCCUUUUCCGCUUUUGUCUCAGCGUGUGUGCUAUUUUGAGGUGGAGAUCGACAGCAUCUCGACCCGUCCGCGCGACACUCUCAUCUCGAUAGGUGUGGCGACCAAGCCGUGGGCGCCCCAUGUCCUCCCGGGCCUCCUGCCGGCGUCGCUGGGCAUCCUGUCGUCGGGCUUCAUCCACGGCUACCCGUCGAGAGGGCGGCCGUACAGGAAGGGGUGUCCACAGCUGCGCGAGGGAGACGUAGUGGGGUGUCUGGUCAACCGGGACAGGGGACUCGUGGGGUUUCUGCUCAAUGGGGGGUGGCUCGCAGAAGUCGUCAUGGAAGAGGUCAGUCUGUCUGUCUGUCUGUCUGUCUGCAUCGCGCACACACACACGGAGACAUUUUGUGCCAGGUUCGGCUGACAUGGUCGGGGCCGGCAAUGUUUGUGACGAUUGGGAUGCUGGGGGACGGCGAGUUGGAGGUCAACUUUGGGAGGAAACACUUUGUGGGCAGCGGGGACGUCAUGGUUGACCUUCCCAGAGGCAUCAAGGUGACCGCUGCCAUGUGCGCUUUCGGUCGGCAGCUCGACCAGAUGAAAGGACUCAAGGCAAGCGAGAUCUACAUUGACACGGGCGACGAGACGGACAUUCCCGCCUGUGUGCCGUGCGUGUCAUCAUGUCAGGCGAGGCUGAAGGAGUUUUACGAGAUCCACAAUCCGGUGAUGCUCUGCCAGGUCGACCGAAUCGCAAACCUGUACAUGGGCAGGGAAAAGGUGGGUGGGGUGGGGUGAGGCGAGGCGACACAAGAACAACGGGAAUUCAAUGCAGGCAUCAUGUCUCAUUGGUCUCAGGAGCUGGACGAAGAACUGACGAGCCAUUACGGGGCAGGUCUCAGCAACCUGCACGAGAAGCAACUCGAUGGUGGGAGAGGCAACCAACGGCCACACACACAUACAGAAUGAUGGCGGGACGCAACCAACGUCAUGUCAUCUUGUCACCUCUCCCGCCGUUCCCUUCUCCAUCGCAGUGGUCCGUCGUCGCGUGAGGAAUUUCUUUGAGUUGUUCGACCCCUCUAAGCUGACCUUCGAGGACGUCGACGACAUGAUCAAAAGGCACUCUGCCGACGUACGUCAAGACGAACAGACGGAAGGAGAGGCGGAACGAUGGACGGCACACAGUCGCACCCAUUCAUUGUGUGUAUGUUGUCUUUCUUGUGCAGACAGAGGAGAUCCAUCAAGCGUUGGUGUCCGAGUACGGCGUGGGCCUCGACGCCAUCCACAACCGACGCAAAAUCAGUCAGGAAGGGGCGGGCGAUGGGAGAGAGAGAGAGAGAGAGAGGCGACAUACAUUCGUCUGGGCCUGUGUGUCUGUGUGUCUGUGUGUCUGUGUGUCUGUGUGUCUCUGUGUGUGUGUGUCUGUGUGCAGGUCUGCAGCGCAUGCUGAAUGACUACUUCAAGCUCAAGGGUGUCGAGACGGACACGGAAGGCAUCAAGGUCACACGAACCUGUCACACACGCCACUAGCAGCACAACAGAUGAUAUGUGCAUUCGGCCACCUUUGUCUGUUUUGUGUAUGCAUGCCAUCAGUCUGUGGUCAACGAGCUGUUUUCCCGUCCUGAAGUGCUCGACACGGCACUGAGGGAAAAGUUCGGCGACGGACUCAACUACGUCCUAAAGGUCGGGGGGGGGGCGGGGGGGCGAGCAGUGGGCGAAGAGAGGCCUCAUGUCCGUGGUAUGAGCGUGUGUGACGUGCAGAAGAAGCUCACGAAGCUCUACACGAUGUACGCCCCUGAUCAGGUGCAUGAGGUGGACCGCCUGCUCAACGCAUACGCAGGUCGAUGUGAGCCACUCACCGACCGACCCAUUCUAUCUAUGUCUCUCUCCAUUUCCCUCUCACUCACUCUACACACACAUACAUACAUCUUUCUCUCUGUCUCUCUGUCUGCCGACCCGACACACAGGUGUGGACGGCGAGUUCGAGUUGAAGUUCAGGCUGAAAGAGCGGUACGCCGUCGACCUGGACCUCAUCUCGGUGGAGCCCUCAGUGGACGACGGCCAGACGGUCCACGGCCACUCGAGCAUGGAGGACACAGCCCCCAACUUGAACGACUUUCCCCAGGAGCAGCAAACCACCACUGUUUCAAUGGUGGAUCGGCGGGGCAGCGGGCCGUCGGUCGGCAGCCGCCUGAGGCUGUCGCACCUGCAGCUGUCGCAGAUCGACGGCUUCACCAUGUCGGGCAGCGCUCUGGACCUGCAGGCGGCCGAGGGGGGAGAUAGAGAGGAGACCGACUCUCUGCCCACACUCAUGAGGGGACCCACCAUCAACAUCGGUGCGGCCGUGUGUGCGUGUGUGUGUGGGGGAGAGAGACAUGUAUAUUGGGUGGCAUGGUGUGUGGUGUGGUGCAGGUGGUGUCAAGGUUGGCCACCAGAGAGUGUCCGUGACCCGCACAUCUCGUCUCGGCUCCACCUCAUCCGUGCCCACCACCACCAACAGGAGAGACCACCCCCCUCACUCAUCGUCGUCACCCGACACCCAGUUCACCACCCCUCUGACUGGCGAGCAGUUCUUCACCACAUCGCCCCAUGACCAUCGCAGCCGAAGCGCACUUGACCAGCCCCCCUCAGGGCCGCACACACCGCAGGGCGGCCGGCAGACAUCCAUCAACACCAACAUCAGCGAACGGUUAAUCAAUACGAGGCCAGCCAACACAUGAUGGUGGAGAGAGACACCGUGUGUGUGUGUGUGUGUGUGAGAGGCGCGGUUCAGUGCGCGAGCCGUCAGUGGAGAUGGCGGAGGCGUGGCUGUUGGUGGAGGUGGCGCUCUGACCGAAGCCGUCGGACGACAACAUCGUGCGGGCCGUGAGUGCUGCAGCCAAGAGGG